CACGUGACUGCCUAAAUCAUCUUUCGACGCUUGGGAUGCGCUUUGCUGAGCCUCGAGAUGUGAAACUCAGUUGGACUUUUGACUGCCCCACUUCUACCAUCCCAGGUUUCCCCCCCACCCCCACACAUGCCUCUUCUCCCGAUGCCUGGCUCUCCCUCCGCCUCAUGGGCUGUCUACAAAGCCCGCCUUAACGCGGUCUUCGAGGGCGCUGAUCCACGAGUAUGCGCCGCUUUCUGGCUUUUCGGCCUUAUCAACAACGUCCUCUAUGUCAUCAUCCUGUCCUCUGCCCUUGAUCUCGUGGGUCCCGACGUCCCCAAAGGCGUAGUCUUACUUGCCGAUGUCGUUCCCUCUUUUUUGACCAAAUUAUGCGCACCUUAUUUUAUCCACAAGAUACCGUAUCCUGUCCGGAUCGUUAUCUUCGUGGCACUCUCAAUAUGUGGCAUGCUCAUCGUAGCCCUCACGCCCGCUCUGCAAGACUCAAAGACAAUUGGCAUAAAGAUGGGGGGCGUUAUUCUGGCUAGUUUGAGCAGUGGCGGGGGUGAGCUCAGUUUUCUGGGCUUGACCCACUACUACGGACAUUUUGCCCUUGCUGCCUGGGGGUCCGGCACGGGAGGUGCUGGCAUUGUGGGUGCUGGAGCGUAUGCGCUUGCCACUACGGUUCUGAAAUUCAGCGCCCGUACUAGCUUGCUAGCAUCAUCAUGCCUCCCCGUCAUCAUGCUGAUCAGCUUCUUCUUCGUCCUUCCUCUUGGCCCUCUCCACACAUCGUCUGGCAAACAUACUGAAUAUGAGGCCAUUGAAAACGAUGACCAAGAACUAGAGGACGACCCAUUGGAGACCAGCGAGCAGCUUGGCCAAGGUGGCGAACAACAGGGUCUUCUCUCAUCCUCGAUGCAUUCUGCCUCUGGACGCAGCUUCAGUUCAGUGAGCGUCCACUUACGCGCAUGGAACAGCUUCAAAACCAAUCUACGGCGCUCCCGGGGAUUGUUUUUCCCUUACAUGCUCCCACUUUUGCUUGUCUACAUCGCAGAAUACACCAUUAAUCAGGGGGUCGCUCCAACCUUGCUUUUCCCCCUGUCGUCUAGCCCGUUUCAAAGAUACCGGUCCUUCUAUCCGACCUACGGUGCGAUCUACCAGGUGGGCGUCUUCAUCUCUCGGUCGUCCACGCCGUUCAUCAGAGUCCAUCAUUUAUACCUGCCAUCCUUUCUACAGGUGAUUAAUCUCUUCGUUCUCACUCUCCAUGCAAUGUUCGAUUUUAUCCCGCACUUCUACAUUGUGUGCAUCAUCGUCUUCUGGGAAGGAUUGCUAGGGGGCUUGGUCUAUGUAAGCACUUUUGCGGAGAUCACAGACAAUGUUCCGAAGGCGGACAGAGAAUUCAGCCUGGGGGCCACCAGUGUAAGUGAUUCUGGGGGUAUUUGCGUUGCGGGCUUCAUCAGCAUGGCGUUUGAGGUUUGGCUGUGUCGGUGGCAGGUGGAUCACGGACGUGACUACUGCAGGAAACUGUAGAAUUUAAUUAUGAACCUUGGAAACAUUAGAGACAUGGUCUAAGCUUUGGCCCCGCUUGGUUCAGCAUAUUAUCAUAUAACUUGGAGGAACAUGAUCAGGC